UUUAGAGCCGCCUCCUCCUCCUUCCCACUCCGGCCGCAGCAGCUGCCGAGCUGAGGGCGGGUAUCCAAGCCUCAGAGAUACUGAUUUAUUCUUGAGAAUCCUCUACUCUCAUCUGUCCUCAUGGAUGAACUUCAGGAUGUUCAACUCACAGAGAUCAAACCACUCCUGAAUGAUAAGAAUGGUACACGAAACUUCCAGGACUUUGACUGUCAGGAACAUGAUAUAGAAACAACUCAUGGUAUGGUCCACGUCACUAUCAGAGGCCUACCGAAGGGAAACAGACCAGUUAUUCUGACAUACCAUGACAUUGGCCUCAAUCAUAAGUCCUGUUUCAAUGCGUUCUUUAACUUUGAGGAUAUGCAGGAGAUCACCCAGCAUUUUGCUGUCUGUCAUGUGGACGCUCCAGGCCAGCAGGAAGGUGCACCCCCUUUCCCAACUGGGUACCAGUACCCCACAAUGGAUGAGCUGGCUGAAAUGCUGCUUUCUGUUCUCACCCACUUAAAUCUGAAAAGCAUCAUUGGGGUUGGAGUUGGAGCUGGAGCUUACAUCCUCAGCAGAUUUGCACUCAAUUACCCGGAGCUUGUGGAAGGUCUCGUGCUCAUUAACGUUGACCCUUGCGCCAAAGGCUGGAUUGACUGGGCAGCUUCCAAACUCUCAGGCUUGACAACCAACGUUGUGGACAUUAUUUUGGCUCAUCACUUUGGGCAGGAAGAGUUGCAGGCCAACCUGGAUCUGAUUCAAACCUACAGACUGCAUAUUGCCCAAGAUAUCAACCAAGAAAAUCUACAGCUCUUCCUGGGUUCCUAUAACGGACGCAGAGACCUGGAGAUUGAAAGACCCAUUCUGGGACAAAGUGAAAACAAAUCAAAGACACUGAAGUGUUCUACUUUAUUGGUGGUGGGUGACAACUCACCUGCAGUCGAGGCUGUGGUUGAAUGCAAUUCUCGCCUGAAUCCUGUAAAUACAACUUUGCUAAAGAUGGCAGACUGCGGUGGACUGCCCCAAGUAGUUCAGCCUGGGAAACUCACCGAGGCCUUCAAGUACUUUCUGCAGGGAAUGGGCUACAUCCCGUAUGUGCAGCUCAGUCACCUGAGCACCGAGUCAGUCCCGUCUGCCAGCAUGACCCGGCUCGCCCGCUCACGGACCCACUCCACCUCGAGCAGCAUGGGCUCUGGAGAAAGUGCCUUCAGCCGGUCGGUCACCAGCAGUCAGUCAGAUGGGACUCAGGAGUCCUCUGAGUCCCCUGAUGUUCCAGACAGACACCAGACCAUGGAGGUGUCCUGCUGAGCAGAUGCUCCUGCCCUGGACCAUGCAAGUCCAUCUUCCUUCCAACAACAUGCCAUAAUUAUAUAACACUUCAUCCAGCAAGCUGACAUCUAUCUUUAACUCCUGCAUGGCCACUGACACUCUCUCUGAUAUCCUGGAUCUGUCAUCCUCUCUUGCCUGCCCACCCUCCUCUUUGUGUGUACCGAGAACCACUUCCAUGCCAUUACUGUCACAUUCCAGCAUCUUUAGCUGAUCAGAUCUCCAUAUCUUCUCUUGCCAGCUUUCCCCUCUACUUUCCCAACUAUGUAGCUGAGAGUCUUUGAUCCUGAUGUAUGUGUGUGAGCACGCGUGUCUGUGUUUGUGUGUGCAUAGUUCUGUGGUUUUAGACAUGCUUUCUUGUAGAGCUUCUGCAAAACACAUACAAAAAAGGGACUUUUUUUUUUUUUUUUUUUUUUUUGCAUUUUCAGUAGUGUUUUUAGGGGAAAUACGCAGAACAGAGUUCUAGGUUGGCUAGGCCACUGCAGUCUCUUUCAGUUCGAAAUCGGUCAACAAGAUUUGCAGAGUGACUUCAGGAGAGAGCAGCUCUGAGGAAUGCGGAAGAUCAUACUUACUGUUUGGACUAUGGACGGACUGUGACCAAUAGAGGAGAGCCUGUCUCAUAGAGAAGCAGGCAGGGUGGCCAGCCACCUUCUCCUUCCAAAUGAAUUCACGUAUACUGGUCUACAAAUAAAGGGGAGGGGUAUGUUCUGUUAGAAGCCCACGAACGAUGAGGUUCUGAUGCAGUGUGGAGUUUUUCCCAAGGAGUAAAUGUGGCUUAACUACUGGGCUCUCUUAGCACAAGAAGGUGAAAAACAGAAUUUCAGUCCUCUGCUCUUCUGUGCAUAACUGUUGUCUCUGCAGCAUCUGAUACCGCAUUCCAGAUGUCCUCAGAGCCUCCUAGGGCUGAGAUGAAGAAUGUUUCUCCAUCCCUCAAUCCCCCCAAAGGGAGAGGUGUGGCCUGAAAAUUAAUGUAGAUAAUGAGGAAAUGGUUGGGGAGAGAGGAACAGACGUUAACACAGUAUCAUGUUUGAUAAGUUUAGCUUUGAUUUUGGCAGACUUAAUGGACAAAAAAUGAAAUUGAGAUAGAACCCAUUUCUCAGAAGGAUUCUUAAUCCUGUGAACUCCCUUUUGUAGGAGGGAAGGGGCCAAUCUGUAAGGGCAGCCUGUCCAGGUUGAAUUGUGUUCAGUCUGCUGCUGUGUGAGGGGGUCACAGCCACCCAGAGGGUUUCGCCCGGAGGAGAGUGAAAGCAACUGCCACACAGUAGAAGGCGCAGCUUUGAGGGCAUCGAGACGUCAGCUCAGGGUUACACAGUUCUGAUCUUAGGAAGGGGCUUUUCAGGCAUAGCAUUCGCUUUCUGCUCAGAUAGGGAAUGCAUCACUCAGCCAGAGUACAACUUUUUACAGAUUAUGAAAUAAAGCUGUAUAUGUCUCAUUGUUA